AUGGACGGAUCCGGCGGUGCCCCGAAGCCGAGCAGCAGCGUCAAGCUUGUCCUGCUCGGUGAAGCUGCCGUAGGAAAGUCGUCGCUUGUCCUGCGCUUCGUCAACAAUGAUUUCCAGGAGAAUAAGGAGCCCACUAUCGGAGCCGCCUUCUUAACACAAAAGUGCAACCUACCGACCCGGACGAUCAAGUUUGAGAUCUGGGAUACCGCCGGCCAGGAGCGGUUCGCCUCGCUGGCACCCAUGUACUAUCGCAACGCCCAGGCCGCCCUCGUCGUCUACGACCUCACGAAGCCCACAUCACUCGUCAAGGCCAAGCACUGGGUGGCGGAACUCCAACGACAGGCCUCGCCGGGCAUCGUCAUCGCCCUCGUCGGCAACAAGCUCGAUCUGACAAACGACGCCGAAUCCGGAUCCGCCGGCGAUCACGAGGAGGCCGACGGAGAGGACUCUGGCGACGCUAGGAAGGUUUCGACGGAGGAGGCCAAGUCGUAUGCGGAGGAGGAGAGCUUGCUCUUCUUCGAGACCAGUGCCAAGACAGGUCACAAUGUCACGGAGGUCUUCACGGCUAUCGCCAACGCCAUCCCCGAGACGUCGUUGAAGAGCGCGAGGGGCCCGGGCGCAUCACACGCCGUGAGCCGCGGGGCAGAGGACCAGCAACGGGUCAACCUCACUGGGUCGAGGGAUGCGGCGGCGAAGGAGGGCUCGCUUGCGCCUGACGAUAUUCCGAUUAAGCUGCGAUGCGCCAGCUGCAGCAAGCCCGCCGUCAACGCCUUCCGUCUUCCCUGCUGCGAGCAAGCCAUCUGCGAGACCUGCCAAAGUUCUCUGCCCUCAUCCUGCCCCGUUUGCGAGCAUUCACCCGUUUCCGCCGACGACUGCACGCCGCUCAAGUCACUCCGAACGACGAUCAAGGUCUUCAUUCGAACCCAAGAGAAAAAGCGAGAUGAAGCGCGGUCAAGGGAUGCGAAGGACUCGGCACCUCCUACCCCCGUUGAUGCAAAGCCGAACGCGCCCAUUGCUGGGCCCAGCGAGACUCCUGCCGUCGAGACACCUCCGCAACCUGUCGUGGUCCCCAACGUACGCGAAGAGAACGCCGAUGCCCAAGCUACGCCAGUCGUAGAUGCCAAUGUAGCCAAUACUACGGAUGUGGAUGCCACUGCGGCACAGAACCACGACAAUCCGCCUAACCACGACGAAGAGCCUGUCAUCUCUAAGGGAGAGGACGACGAUGACGAGACAGUCAUUAUAACUGGCGAUGAGACCGCGGCUGACGGCAGCAAGAUAACGAGAUCGCAGGAGGAUGAGGCUGCGGACAACGACGGCGUAGAGGGUGACGACGCAAAUGCGAAUGACGGCGCCAACUUCAAUGGAGUUAACGGAGGCAACUUUUCGAACAUGAACUUUACUGGGAAUGGUGACUUCAACCAAAUGCAAAUGAUGAUGGCCAUGCAGAACGGCAUGGGCUCCAACUCGUUUGGCAACUUUCCUAUGAUGGGUAUGCCAGGAAUGGGUAUGGACCCAAUGGCGAUGCAGAACAUGUACAUGAACGGCGGCUAUGGUCCUCAAGGCAUGGGCAUGGGAGGCUUCGGCGGUGGUUUCGGCUCAGGCUCCAAUAACUGGAACGGGCAACAGUCAUGGAAUUUCGGCCAAGAUAAUUUCAAUUCUGCUAAUGCUGCUGGCAUGGGAUCUGGUGACUAUGGCAACUAUAACUCAGGAUUCCAGUCAGGGUACAAUCAAGGUAAUUACGGCCACCAAUUCAAUGAUUACCGCCGCAACAAUUACGGCAACCGUGGACGAGGAAGAGGACGCGGCUUUUACGGUGGCGGGGGUUACGGCCGAGGCGGAUACCAACAGUAUGGCGGCUAUGGUGACCAAGGCCACGCGCAACAACAGUAUGGAAACAAUAUGCACGGCCAGGGAUCCGAGGAUGAAACUCGGGCGGCAGGCAACGUUGACGAGUUUGGCCGCGAGCGCCCAAAUGACCAGGAUACGACUUCCAAUGCAGGAGGCGGCGAUAACGCAGAGGGGGGCGGUGAAGGAUCGAGACCUACGGACGAGGGCGGUGACGAGCAGGGUCCAGCGGAUCAGGAGAAUGCUGUGAAUACAAACAUGGCACAGACAUCCGGUGACUACUCUGCGUACAACGGGAACGGCAUGUCGGGAGGUUAUGGCCCUCCAGGAUUCGCGCCUGCAGCCCCUGAUGUUCCCAUAAAUGCCCCGACAGGCCCCAAGGCGAUGCGUCAGGGUCUGCCGAAUACAAGUUUGCACACUUUGCGGGCGCGAGGAUACGUUAUACCUGAUGAGAGAGGCCGACAGUCGUCGGCAGACGCACUCGCCACUCAGAGUCCCGUUGUGGAACAGGAGCAGCGAUCCAGAAGCAGCUCCUCGACGCGGACCAAGGAUAAGGACAGGAGCCGUCGUCGAGAUGCGAGCCGUGAUCGUGAGAGAGAACCUGACGUCAGGUCGGAGAGAGACCACGGCGUAAGAGAACGAGACUACUCACGCUCACCCUCACGCAGCAGAGACCAGAGUCGCGAGCGCAAGAGCGAGCGCGGUGAUCGAGAUCGGGAUCGCCACCGGCGCCGGCGCAGACGCUCAGAAUCGAGAUCUGUCGACGAUCGAGACGAUGAGUAUCGUCGCAGGAAGCAUAAGAGCAGAAAGCACACCUCAUACAAUGACGAAGACGACAUCAAGUCCCGGUCCAGAGACGACGGACACGAAGAGAGGUCCAAAUCUGCGUCCCCCAGCGACUCAAAGCGGUCUAGCCAUAGGAGCCGCAGAGAUCGGGAGGAGAAGCGCCGGGAUCGGGAGAAGGACAAGCACCGGGAUGACGACUACGACGACUACCACAGAAAGUCUAGCCACCGCUCGCACAGAGAGAGGGAUCGUGAUCGUGACCGUGAUCGCGACUACGAUCGUGACCGCAAGGACCGCGACCGCGACCGCGAGAAAGACCGGAAGCGCGACAAGCACAGGGACCGGGAACACCGCCACCGCAGCAGCCGGAAGCAGUCAGCGGAGCCACCCACAUCUGUCGACAGGGAAUUCAACCCGCCCACCGGCCCUCGUGGCAGUGGUUCAGGUCUUGAGAUCAAGGGCGUGAGCUCGAAAUCCGGCAGAUCGUCCGACAGGCAAGACGGAGGACGACGGGACUCCCAAGCCUCCAUCAAUAGCAAGUCCGCACCCAGCGUUCCCACCAAGGACGCCCACGCCCUGGAGCGCGAGGCCCGGGAUCGCGAGCGUCUGUUGAAGGAGACGCAGCGCAUGGCCGGUCUGGCCGGGUUCGCGGGCGCGAAACGCAGCAGAGAUGAGAGUAGUGGCGGUGGAGGCGGCGAUGAGGGCAAGCGGAGUCGGCGAAAGGGGCGCCGCAGUGAGGCUAUCAGCAUCGACGAGGAGGAGGAGCGGAUGCGUAGGAUGGAGGCUGAGCGCGAGGGCAGCCGGUGGGGCUAG